AUGACUAAAAUACGAGCGUCAAAGCUACGUAAUAAACCAGAGCCUGAACUACAGAAGCAACUUGGAGAGCUUAAGACGGAACUUGGCAAUCUUCGUUUGUAUCGGGUAACGAGAGGCGCAUCCUAUCAUGGAAAAUUGAAGAAAAUCCGGACACUAAGAAAGUCCAUUGCCCGUGUAUAUACAGUUAUUCAUCAGGCGCAAAAACUUCGCCAACGUGAAGCUUAUCGUUCCAAGAAAUACGUUCCCAAAGAUUUGAGACCAAAGAAGACCAGAGCAAUACGCAGAAGACUUAGUAAGAAAGAGCAGUCAAUUCAUUCUGCGCGUUCAAUGCGCAAGGCACGUGCCUUCCCUCCACGUGUAUUUGCUUCACUGAACACGCGGUCUGUAUUGCUUGUUUUCAUUUUGGAUAUCUGGUCACAACUAUUGGGGUCUCAUAAUGUUCAUAUUCGUCUGGCUUAUUCAGCAGCUCAACUAUCCAUUCACGAGUGGAAUGAACGUAAAAGCUUUUGGCUAUAA